UCAUGCCGAAAGAAAAACAUCUACGUAUCAGCAUCUUAUCGACAUAGAAAUGACGAGCACGAACCGUCUGCGUUAUUCGUUUAUGCAAAUUUAGCCACCAGCCAGCGCACCAGUAAAGUGCAUCGGCUCGAAAAAAAAAAUCAGUGUGUGCUUCGCGCGACAGUGCUUCAUUUGUUUCCGCGAGUGUUUUUUAGAUUAGCCUGACUCAGAGACGAGAAGGUAUGCCAUGUGAAUCGUAAGAUUAAGCACUAAUAUCGUAUAACUUCAGAUAUGAGUAAUCAAUAGAAGAUGACAGCGUGACCACUCCUUUCAAUACCCUUCACGAUGGAUUUUCGCAUUCCUGUAGCCAUGUUACUGGCAAUUGCGAUUCUGCUAGCUCCCAUUGUUGUCGCUGACAAUGAAGAUUUCGCCUUCGAUGUUGCUGACGAUUUGCAGGUUGAAUUUGAAGGGGGACGACUUUUGAAAUGGAGCGAAAGGGAAUUGACGGCGUACGUAGGAAGAGCGUUCCACCUAAUUGUGCCCAAGGAGGCAUUCGAGGGAAACGUUAAAUAUUUUGAGGCGAAAAAACAUUCGGGCAAGAGCAUACCGUCUUGGCUGCUGUUCGAUAAAAAACAAGGGGUCUUCUGGGGAGUACCGCUUGUCCAAGACGUCGGUGAAGUGCAGCUAACAGUGAAAGCAACUGGCGAUAAGAAGAGUUCUGAAGAGAUCAAAAUAAAUGUGGUGGAACCGUCAGAAGAGGCACCGGGAGUCGGAAAGUGCCAAGCGAACGAAGAUAACACGAUUCUAACUUUACUAUUGGACAAGAGCAUACGAUCCAUCAAACCGAAACAGAGAGUUAUAGCUAUCAAUAAUAUUGCAAAAUUCUUUGGCUUGCCAUAUAGUGCCUUUACGUUGAAACCUCAAAUAGAAAAAGAUGACAUAACUGAUAGUUCUGUAGUGCUAGCUGGUCCAGGUAAUCUACAGUCGAAGACUUCCAAAGUGAUUUCACUCCUUCAGGUGGCAGUUGGAUGCGAUGGUAGACUCUGGCUAUCAACUGCCUCUAUGGUGCAUCAGCUCAAACAACAGGCCAGAGACGGCACCAUUGCGGAAGUAUUACGCUUGCCACUCAUUGGCUGGAGAAUCAAGACUGAAACUAAGCCAAUUGUCAGAUCUAAGCGACAAAUUACUGGUGAAAUAGAUGACUAUGGCAGUGGCGACUAUAACGAUGAUGAUGAUUACUAUGAUGAUUAUGAAGAGUAUGAUGUAGAUGGUUUAGAAGAUAUAGAGAAAAGUCCUCCAUCUACCAAAACUCCUGUAACAUCAACGACUCUACAAACCACUAGUGGCACUACCGAAACUACAACUCAUCCUCACAGGCACCAUCAUGGAGACAAAAAUAAAUCGAACCCGAAUAUGCACUAUCAAACAACUAACAACAAUCAUACAUACGAAGAAAGAAUCCCUGUAACCAGUUCUUCUACAAGCCAUAGAACUGAACCAACUACUACUACUACUACAACUUCAACCUCGACAACCACUCCUCAGCCACCAUCCAUUGGCGUAACCAAAGCAAUCAAACCUGAUGAUGUUCUCUCUUACGGAGAUGAUAACUAUGACUAUGGCGAAUAUGACGAUGAAGAUGAUAUCGACGAUGCAGUGGAAAGUGAAACUAUUGUACCGGAUCAAACUGGAAGGAGUAAGCAAACUUUUGUUCCUCCAUUUGAAGACACCGAAAGUAUGACAACUGAAGAGACUACUAUAAAAACUACUGCAAAGGAAAUAUCACCCGAAACCCAACCCACCAUUUGGAAUAGUACAACUAGUACAAGUACAACAACAACUCCUACUACUACUACUGCUACCACUACCACUACCACCACGACAACUACUACACCUCCAAGUACUAUUUCUAUCAGCACCACUACCACAGCAACUCCAACAGAAGCUCCAACUACUUUCCAGAUUGUUGUUGAAAAUGAUCCACAGAUUGAUUACACUUCAGAGACCGAGAAACCUGCAACAACGACCUCAGAAGCAACCACUCCCAUAGAAACAACUGAGGCAACAACUACAACUAUGCCACCACCCCCACCCCCGCCACCAACAACAACUACAACAACAUCAACAACUACUAGCACCACCACUACUACAACCGAACUACCAACAACUCAAACUGAAACUACAUCAACGACAGAAAUAUUGACCACUCAAAAAUCCACAGCUUCAAUAAGAGAUUUCACAGAAAUUGAAAAUCAGAGAAACUUCAAUCCAUUCAUAGAAAAUAGAUUGCAGCAGAUGUCGGUGAUUGCAGGAAAAGUAUUCAGAUUCGUUAUUCCACAUAACACUUUCAAAGAUUUUGAAGAUGAAUACAACUUGACUUAUCAGCUAUUGGAUUCUAAUAAUAGGACUGUAACUAACAAUAGCUGGCUAUAUUUCAACCCAUCACGUAGAGAAAUUUAUGGAUUGCCUUUGGAAGAGGAUGUAUCAAAGUGGGUGUUUUGGGUUAAGGCCUUCGAUAGAGAAGGUGGAUCAGAGCAAGAAAAACUCAAUAUCCAGGUCCAACAACAUAAACUCGAUUUGGUAGUCAACCACGAAUUUUCUGUUUAUAUCAGAAUAGAAAAACACCAAGAAUUUUCUCAUUACGUUGAUUGGUCUUUGAGAGUUUUGAGAGCUCUGGGAAAGAUUUUCAAUACAAAUAUGUCAGAAAUCACUGUGAGGCGAAUCAAUUAUACCAACGAGCCAGUUACCUUUACUUGGUCUAAUGAUUCCAUACCAACGAAUUACUGCGCUAAGAAUGAAAUAGAGGAACUUUUCAAGACUUUGACAGCCAACGAUAGAGGAGAUCCUUCUAGAGAGUUGAAUCAUGCACUUGCGCCUGAACUGAGAGUCAAGAAAGUUACUUUCCGAGAGCUGGGAGUUUGCGAGCAACCAAUGACACCAGUCACACCUCCUAUGAAUUUCUCUCCAAUUUUGAGAAACCCUGUAGAUCAUGUGAAUGCUACUGUUGGAGAACUACUAGUGUACAAAGUAAAAGAUGAUACAUUCUAUGAUCCCGAAGAUGUUGAUCCCAGAAUGCUCAACAUAUCAUUACUAACUGGAGACAGACAGCCAAUACCUCCUGAUAAUUGGUUACAAUUUGACAAUAAAAAUAGGGAAUUUUUUGGUAUACCACGAAAGGUUGGCCGCAGUGAAUAUCAACUCAUUUGUGUCGAUAGUGGUGGACUUCCAGCUACUGAUAGUUUGGAAGUGUUCGUUUAUCCUGCUGCAAAAACACCUUAUAAUGUAGAAUUUAGUAUGACUAUCAAUGAAUUGCCGCAUGAGACGUUCAUCAAUAGUGCUUCAUUGCAGAAAAAAUUUGUUGAAAAAUUAGUGGACUUGUUUGGUGAAUCAUCGGCCAGUAAUAUCCACUUGCUACCAUUCAAGAAAACAGAUGAUUCAACUAUUGUAACAUGGUUCAACAAGUCACUAGCAACCAAUCGAUGUCCUCAAGAGAAAAUAAAGUAUCUUGAAUCAGUCUUACACAACAUGAACGAUAAGUCAAUUUCUCACAAGGUGCAUUCAAUAAUGGAACCGGAGUUCCAGGUUUCAACGAUAAAGGUCAAUUUGAUUGGCAACUGCCGACCAAGAGUAACCCAGGAGAUGAAACCCGAAGGGGGCGUUUCAACCGAAGAAACCACACCACAGUCCAGUAGUGAUGAAUAUCUGAUAACUUUCAUCGUACCUGCCAUUAUCAUUUCUAUUAUGUUAUUCUUGGCAAUUAUCGCUGCCAUUGUUUUAUAUAGAAGAAAACGCAUGGGCAAGAUGAAUGUUGAAGAAGAUGGCAGGCAGAGUUAUGGAAAUAAAGGUAUACCAGUAAUAUUUCAAGAGGAGCUAGAAGAGAAGCCUGAACCAGGAACUAAAGCUCCUGUCAUCUUAAAAGAUGAAAAACCACCUCUUGCUCCACCAGAGUACAGCAAGAGUGGUUCUGUCAAAUUAUCCGAUGACUCUGAACCAUAUCAGCCUCCACCACCUUUCACUCGCACCCAAGAUAACGGCAGGCAACCCAGACCAAAACCGACCCCUACCUAUAGGAAACCACCCCCAUAUGUGCCACCUUAACAAUUGCAUUUCACUUUUUUUCAACAAUAAUUUGUUUUCAAACUGCCAAUGCAUAGUUCAUCGGACAAUUUUUUGGAUUGCUUUGAUUUUUAUUUGUCACCCGGUCUUGAGGAAGGUAAAGUACUGGGUCGCUUCUUGAUGCCAAAAUGUAUCGCCCACAACCUUUUAUUUCUAUGGCUCUCAAAUGAUUUUUAUCUCAUUGUAAAUCUCUUCCUCUGUGAUAUUCACUGCUAUUAUUUGUAGGGGUUUUAUUUAAUUUUUUUCUGAUGUGGGUGAUUUAUUUUUUAUAUUUAUUUGAGAAAUAGACAUCACAAGUAAAUACUUUGCUUUCAACCAAAUUCAACCAACUUGGAUGUUUAGCAUAUUUUUAACAUUUUAACUCGACUUAUUUUUACUCACAAUAUGGCUUCUAGCUCUUAAGAACACUACUGACGAAGGGUGAUCUCAAAAUUUUACAAUCAUAAUUUCGAAAACAUGUUAAGUUCGAGGUACUUAUAAAUGUACUUAUAAUAUUUUUCUCCUAUCCAUAUUCACAUUGACUAUGUAACAAUAUGAAGAACUGAUGAUGACUUUCGAAUUUUUUUCAUGUUCAUGUUCCUCCAAAAAAAUAUGUAUCAGAUUCAUUAACGGGUAAAGAUAGUAAAAAUCCCUGCAAGUUUCAAAAAUUUCUGUCAUUCAGUUUCUCAAAAUAUUGAUCUCUUAAAAUUGAAGUGUUAACAACCAAAUAUUCAUAAUUUCAGCGUUCACGCUUUCACAAGCAUUCACUUUGAUUAUAUGGAAGGAACUAAAUAAAAAAAAGUCAAGACUUGAAUUUUUAUCUCUCAUUGUAUUGAAAAGCCAAAAAACUUCUUAGAAAUUAUGGGCUGAUCAGAGUCAAAUCUUUUUAUAACUAUAGUUGAACUUUACAUGCUAUCAUUAAUGAGAUGAAAAUAUUGAUAAUAUUCUUGAUGAGUCGCAGGCCAAGAACAACUAACGAGAUGAUUUGAGUUAUCUCAAUUCACCCAUUCAUAAAUGAUUGAUUAUUUGUAUAAUAACAAGUAGUGCAGUUGAAAAAAUAACAUAGACUUAGAAAUAAAUAAGGCUGUUUUUAUUUGCAACUAUCUAUAUGUGUAUGGUUUUAUUCAUGAAUAUGAAAGUUACUUACCGCACAAGUUGUGUAAGAUAUAGGACGUUAUAAUAUAAAGUUUUCCUAUUGAAUUAUUCAUUAUUUUUAUACAAAUUGUUUGAAUGUUCAUGAAUCAAACCAAAUUUUCAAGCACACUUUUUUGUAUAGGCAUUUGUUUUAUAUGGAAUAUUUUUUUUGUAAUUAGUUACCAAUAACCAUUUUGUAAAGAUAUUUUUGGUAUAUUUUACAAAUCUUUUACAUAUAUUUGAUUCAUAUCAUUAAUAUUAGGAAGACAAUAUAAUUUUGAUGUUCUGUUUAGAUUUUUAAGUGUGUCAUAUCAGAAUCUCAUAAUGCCCCCAUAUCAUACUUUUGUAUUAACCAGUCAUGAUUAUUGUAAUGUUCAAUACAUUUAAAAUAAUAUUCAGCAGAAAAUUCAA